UGUGACUGAGAGGCUGGCCAGAGCUGCUCUGCCCCUACUGUGAGUUGGAAGGUGCCCCCAAGAGAGUAAGGUGCAAGCGGGGUGAGAAGGAAGUGGGAAGACACCAAGGGAAGGUGCAAAGAAGCCUGAUGGGGAACUGUCUGCAGAGGGAAAUCGGGUGGAAGCUGGACACUCAGGAGACACAUUGGAAUCUGAGACUCCAAAAUUUCAAGCAGAGGACACGCAGCUAUUUCAGGUGCUGGAGUGGUUGUCACAUCGUUGAAGGAUGUACCUGCCUUCCUUGGAAAAACACAAGCAUGUUUAAAGCCAGACAAGAGUCUCCAAAGCAAAAUGAAGGGGUAACUUCAGCUCCUAUGCAGGACAAUGCUAGCCAGAUCUACACAGAGGAGUUAUGCUACGUCCUUGUUGAUCACAAGGCCCUUGGAGGAAGGCCAUCAGGCAACUCUGUGGAGGAGUUCUAUGAGAACAUCCCCAGCAAGGCUGAGAGACACAGAGCGUCUUCAAGAGGGGCAGAGACUGAGUAUUCGGUUCUCCGUUUCCCUUCCACCCCUCAGACACCACCUUCUGCAGAAGAUGAAUAUGAACUGCUUGUGCCUAGCAGACUCUCCUGCCAUACCCCUCAACAGCCAUGGCCACUUAGAGCUCCCUUUGAGACUCAUUUUGCUCAUCUACAAUGAUGUGACUAAGUUAGAGUUUGUUUAGCACUGACAGAUCAAAGUAGGAAUUGGGGACUCUGUUCGGUAACAGAUAAAAGUAGGAGUUGGAGACUCUAGUGGAAGCAGAGAUCCUUAGCUUAUUUCUUCUGGAGGACAUUGGCAGGGCAGACUCUGCAAAGCUCAAAUCCUUUUAGGGUCUGACAAUAGCCAACACUCAAAAGUUAGUCUUGAAUGUCACCUUUGCUUCUAAGUGGUGUUAAAAAUAUUCUGUGGUAGGAAGGGCUCCCCAUAUCUACACCUGGGUGUACCACAAAAGGCACU